ACGGACGGAGGGAGCUCAGUUUGCGCGCAGCUGCUGCGGGACGGGCCCCGCACACAGGAGGACAGCGAGAGACACCGGCAGUCCACGCGCGUGCGCUUGCGUGACCAAAGCAGAGGAGCGCCAAGCCCCCCUCCCUCCCGAGCAGCCUGGUGGUCUCCUGUUCCAUGACCAUCAUGAUCCCAACGCUAAGCCUCCUCAUAUUUGCUCUGAAUGCAGCCGGACAAGAGCUUCCAUCGAGCCCUCACGGCUGCACGGAAGGAAGCUGUUACCCCGCAACAGGAAACCUCCUGAUUGGGCGAGCUGUCAACCUAACCGCCACUUCCACAUGCGGCCUAAACGGACCCGAGCAGUACUGCAUUGUCAGCCACCUGCAGGAGCUGGACAAGUGCUUUGAGUGUGACUCGCAGCGUCCGUACCACCCUCUUCGACACAGAAACAGCCACCGUAUCGAAAAUGUGAUCUACCUGAGUGAUCGCAGCGGAGAGCUCACCUGGUGGCAGUCUGCCAGCGGUAAGGAGGAUGUCAGCCUGAGACUGAAUCUGGAGGCUGAGUUCCACUUCACACAUCUUAUCAUGAAGUUUAAGACUUUCCGACCUGCAGCGAUGAUCAUCGAGCGCUCGGCAGAUUUUGGCAGAACGUGGCGACCCUACCGCUACUUUGCCUCCAACUGCACCAGAACUUUCCCCGGCGUACCCGCCAAAGGCUUGCACCACAUUAACGACGUGAUCUGCGAGGAGCGCUACUCCGACAUCGAACCGUCCACUAACGGGGAGGUCAUUUUUAAAGUUUUGGAUCCAUCAAUUCCUGUGAAAGACCCUUACAGCUUGGAAAUUCAAGAACUUUUGCGCAUCACCAACCUGCGUAUCAACUUCACAAAGCUCAACACCUUGGGAGACGACCUGCUGGACCGUCGCACUGAUGUCCUGCAAAAGUAUUACUACGCCAUCUACGAGCUGGUGGUCAGGGGGAGCUGCUUCUGCUACGGACAUGCAUCAGAGUGUGCCCCGGUGCCGGGAGUCUUCACCCGGGAGAGCGGCAUGAUCCACGGUCGCUGCGUUUGCAAACACAACACGGAAGGGCUGAACUGUGAGCGCUGCAAGGACUUCCACAAAGACCUGCCGUGGAGACCAGCAGAGGCAGAGAACCCUCACACCUGCAAAGAGUGUAACUGCAACGGUCAUUCCAACCAGUGCCACUUUGACAUGGCUGUGUACCUGGCCACGGGCAACGUCAGCGGAGGCGUUUGUGACAAUUGUCUACACAACACAGUUGGGCGCAACUGUGAGAUGUGUCAACCAUUCUACUAUCAAGACCCCAACAGGGACGUCAGAGACCCACAAGUUUGUCUUUUGUGUGAUUGUGACCCGGUGGGGUCAUUCGAUGGCGGCGUGUGUGACAGCCACACCGACUUGGACAUGGGGAUGAUCGCAGGCCAGUGUCGCUGUAAAGCCAACGUGAAAGGCAUACGCUGCGACGACUGCAAAGUGGGUUACUACGGACUCAGCCAGAACGACCCACAGGGAUGCCAGCCUUGCAACUGUGACCCGCGUGGCAUCAUUAGGAUGGGAGAUCCAUGUGACCAGAUCAGCGGGGACUGUUCCUGCAAACGAUACGUCACCGGACGUUACUGUGACCAGUGUCUGCCUGAAUACUGGGGGCUCAGUAACGACCAGUUUGGAUGCAGACCCUGUGACUGCGACUUUGGUGGAGCCCUCAACAACAGGUGCAUGAUGGAAAGUGGCCAGUGUGACUGCAGAAGGCAUCUAAUUGGUCGCCAGUGUUCAGAAGUGCAGUCUGGGUAUUUCUGCGCUCCUCUCGACUAUUACAAAUACGAGGCAGAGGAUGCUAGCGGUCACUCUCCCAAUGACCCUGCCCUGCCGGGAAAAGUUCGUCCUCAGGCCGCAGACGACUGCAUUCAGCAUCUGAGCAACCAGGCGAGGAGGCAUCGGCGCCACAGACGGGUCUCCAGCUCGCAGCAGUACCACACCGCGCUGAGACGCAUCCGGCAGCUUCAGCAGACACCCGAUGUGACGACUCUGAACAGAGAGCACACUCCCGGCCUCGUGGUGACCUGGACUGGACCCGGCUUUGCUCGCGUCAAAGAUGGCGCCGGUUUGGUUUUCACAAUCGACAACAUCCCUCAUGCCAUGGAGUACCACAUCAUGCUUCGCUACGAGCCUGAGUCAACAGAGGACUGGGAGGCUGUCGUCAGUAUUACCUCCGUAAACCUGCCCUCGAGUCUGCGAUGCGGAAACCUUCUUCCAACCGAGCAGCUCUACACGGAGACUCUGCUGCACAGAAACAGAUACAUCCAGAUGUCCAGACCCUUUUGCUUUGAGCCCAACAACAGAUAUGUGGUGGCGAUCAGGUUCCAGCGACAUGGAGUCACGCACAGACACCUGACUGCCUUCAUCCUCAUCGACUCGCUCAUUUUGAUUCCCAAAUACACCGAACUUCCUGGCUUUCAAGGCAGUGGGCUUCAGGCGGAGCAGAACCGAGAAGACAUGGUCCGCUACAUGUGUUUGGAUUUCUUCAUGAUCACUCCGAUGCCCCUCCUGGCUGAGAUGUGCUCCAAACUCAUCUGCAGCAUCUCAUCCAUCAUCCAUGAUGGAGCGCUGGCCUGUCAGUGUGACCCUCAGGGCUCCCUCAGCAGCGAGUGCAACCAAGUCGGAGGCCAGUGUCGCUGCAAGCCCAAUGUGAUGGGGCGGCGCUGUGAUCAGUGCGCCCCGGGGACGUACGGCUUUGGAGUAAGCGGCUGCACCGCUUGUAAUUGCCACCCUGAUGGCUCUUCGAGUCACCAGUGUGACCCGCUCACGGGGCAGUGCCCCUGCAGGCAGGGCGCCAUCGGGCGCCAGUGCUCCGACUGCCAACCAGGCCAGUGGGGUUUCCCCAGCUGCAGGCGCUGUCAGUGCAACGGCCACGCAGACCUCUGUGACCCCCAAACAGGAGAAUGCAGAGACUGUCGGGACAACGCCGCAGGACACCAGUGUGAACGGUGUAAGAACGGCUUCUAUGGAAACCCGGUGCUCGGCUCUGGAGAACACUGUCAGCCCUGCCCCUGCCCCGGAAACCCGGGAUCAAAUCACUUUAACGGACAUUCCUGCCAAUCUGACUACUCUGCUAAUCAGAUUAUAUGUAACUGUAAUCAAGGCUACACUGGUUCCCGCUGUGACCAGUGUGCACCUGGUUACUACGGCAACCCCGAGCAACCUGGAGGUCAGUGUCUGCCGUGCCAGUGCAACAACAACAUUGACCCCAACGACCCCGAGUCAUGUGACCCCAGGACUGGCCGGUGCCUCAGGUGUCUGUACCACACCCACGGGCAGUUCUGCUCCGAGUGUGAGCCUGGUUACCAUGGAAACGCCAUUGCCCAGGAAUGCAGACGCUGCACCUGUGUAACUGCUGGAACCCUGCAGUCUGCGUGCCACGAUGGACUCUGUCACUGUGACCCGGAGAGCGGCGCCUGCCCCUGCAGGGAGAACGUCCGUGGCCGCGUCUGCGACCAGUGCGCUCCAAACCAUUGGAACUUCGGCGAGGAGAGAGGCUGCGAGCCGUGCGACUGCGACCCGCAGAACUCCCUGGGAACACACUGCAACAUGUUCACAGGCCAGUGCCACUGCCGUCCAGGUUUUGGAGGAAAAACGUGCACCGAGUGUGAGCAGUUCUACUGGGGGGACCCACAGGUGGAGUGUCGAGAGUGUAACUGCCACGUGCACGGCUCUAACUUGCGUGUGUGUGACCGGACAACCGGACAGUGCGAUUGUCAAGAGGGAAAGGCGGGGCAGAAGUGCGACGAGUGCGCCCGCGGCUUCACCGGCGCGUUUCCCAACUGCGUUCGGUGUCACCAGUGCUUCCAGCUGUGGGACGACAUCAUCUGCCAAAUCAAGAGGGACCUGGACCACAUCCACUUCACGGCGCAGAGAAUCCUGGAGAGCGGGGUCAUGCCGGGAGUUGGGGACGCUCGCAUCCGGGAGCUGGAGGAGAAGCUGAAGCAGGUGAAGGAUCUGAUCGGGUCAGGCAGGAAUGAGAGCAUCCAUCAGCUGAUUGGGCAGGCCAUUGACGACAUCAGGGCUGAGAUCGCUGUCACUGAUGGACGUCUGAUGGCCAUCAGUCAGGAGAUUAAUACAACUGCUGGGGAGGAACGGUUCCUCCAACGCACGCUAAGUAUCAUGGAGGAUGAGCUGAGGGACCUCAACUACACCGUGGCUAACAUGCAACUCUACCACCUACCCGUAGGAUUUGCAGAUCAGUUUGAGAAGCUAAAGAAGGACUAUCAGAAGUCGCUGCAGGCUGAGGAGAAAUGCAACGCUUCGGUGUCGGGACCUUUUAGUCCUGUGGAACAAUCCAACAAAACCCGAAGGAUCACAGAGGAGCUGCUGGAGGCUACGAAAGACGAAUUCCUGAAGGCCGUGGAAGCUAACAACCAGUCCUUGAAUGAGCUCCAGCAAGAAGCUCUCAAACUUGGCGAGACGGUCCAGGACCUCAGCCAGAAGGUGUGCGGCGGUCACAGCAGCGUCAGUGUCAAUGGCAGCUGUCCGGACAGCCAGUGCGGUGGAGCGGGGUGCCGCGAUGAUCGGGGUGACCUCAUAUGUGGAGGCGAAGGCUGCAACGGGACGGUGGGCAGCGCCCGGGCAGCACUGAACCAGUCUGUAAACACCAUCCAGAGUCUGAUGGCUGCAAACGAAGAGCUGCAGAACAUCUCCAGGAAGCUCCAGGAAAUUGCCAGUCUGACUCAAGAUGUGAAGAACCAGACGAUGAAAACGCUGGAGAAAGCCCAGGAGAAGAAGAAACACUUUGAAGACAACAACAAGAAUCUCAAAGACUUCAUUAAGAUGAUAAAAGACUUCCUAACCGGGGAGGGCGCUGAUCCGGAGAGCAUAGAGAAGGUGGCCCUGCAGGUGCUGUCGAUCACGCUGCCGUUCAACAGAACCACUCUGGAUAAAAUCACCACAGAGAUCAGGGACAGCCUCUCCAACCUCACCAACGUCGAGGCCAUUUUGAAUCAGACCGCUGACACCGUCAACAAGGCCAAGGAGCUGCUCAGCAAAGCUAAGGAUGCAAAAGCUCAAGCCGAGGGAGUGAAGGAUGCAGCCAACAGCACCAAGCAGGCAUUGGAAGCGUCUGAGAAAGCCAUUGAAAAGGCAACCACAGCCCUGAAGGAGGCACAGAGCAACCUGAACAACACCCAGAACGCCACAGCAGAGGUGGAGUCACAGCUGUUGCUGCUAGAGAGGAAACAGAUGGACAUAGUGAUGCGUUUGCAGAACCUCUCAGCCGAGGCAGAAGCUCUGAGGAACAAGACGGAGAUGAACAGAAGGAUGGCAGACGACGCUCUAGCCCUGGCAAACAACGCCACCCUCAGGGCUUCAUCAUUGGAGCAGAGCCUCAACGACACGGAGGAACAGUACCAGGAGCUGCUGCGGAAAGUGGAUUCCCUUGGUGGCGAGUCUGGGAGCCUGGACACCAUCAGCCAGAAGGUUCGAAUGAUGAAGAGCGACGCAGAAGAUCUCUUCAACAAGGCAAAGGAUGGCAUAAAGGAACUGGAGGAGCUGACGAACACAUUCAAGGACAACGAGGACAGGAUGCAGAAACAGCUGGUGGAGCUGGAAGAUCUGAAACAAAACGCCACCGACGUGCGGGAUGAGCUGAGGAGGAAAAUGCAGACGUUUAGUAGCUGCCAAGUAUGAUGAUCUGUGCAGAGGAGCGCCGAAUACUGUGACUCUGGAACAGGCGAGCAUCACUCAUGAAAAACAAAAGGCUGCUGUGGAGAUACCUCUAUUCUUUCAGUGUAUUUCAAUGUUUUACUUGUCAAGUGUUAAAUGAUAGAGCUGCAUUCCUCUGUACUGUACGUCUGAAAGCAUUUAUAUCCACACUACACUCUGUGGUGUUUGCGCCAUUAAGCUAUUUCAUCUAUUAUUACAUUUCCUGUGGAGAAUUUGUUGUUUUUUGAGUGUAAACUUUGACUUUAUCACAUUCAUACAUAACCAACUAUAGAAAUGUCAAAUUUUAUAAUAAAAAAGCUCUGAGAAAUGUUGUGGUUUUAUGAUUCAGUUAUGAUUCAUUCUUAAGGUCGUUGGAGAAAUAUAUCUAAACCUCUGAUUUUUGGAUGAAAUUUGUAUAUAUUUUUGUUGCUCUGAUGUGCAUUAAGGGGAAAAACAAAUAAAUGUGAUGUGGUUUCUGUUAA